CCAGCCAGCCCGGUGCCCGCAUCCUGCGCUGGGGCUGGAGGGGAAGUGGGGAGGGCUCCAAGACUGCUCCGAGUGGGGUGGUCGGGAGCAUCAGGGCUGGGUAAACCUCAAGCUGGGCCAGGGUUCCGGUCCCGGGUCUCGGAUCCAUGGUCAGAUUUCUACUGUCUCCUUUCCCACAGGCGCCGUGCACAAGCGUACAGAGAGCGAGAGCCAAGGCCCCCGGCUGGGUGAGAUCCCUCCUGGGGAGACGUGGCUGCUGCGCUGCAGCCCGUGGCAGCUGCGCGCCUUCCCUUCGCAGCAGGAGCUGGAGGAGCAGGGCCCAGGAGGUCUGCAGCCAGGGGCUGAGGGUGCAGAAGUCCCUCGUGUCGUCCAGACCAGAGCUGGUCCAGCACAGAGAGAUUUGGGGGCAGGACACAAUGCAGGCCAUGCAGCCCCCUUGUGAGGCCAAGCUGCUCUCCACGACCCCACAGCUGGCACUGCAGGAUGAGCUCCCCACCCCAGAGCCCUGGCGCGCCAGCUCUUCCACGGCCUUCGCUACCGGGAAGCCGAAGGCCCAAGGAAGAUUUGCAGCCGCCUGUGGGAGCUCUGCCGGCGCUGGCUGGAGCCCCAGAGCUGCAGCAAGGAGCAGAUCCUGGAGCUGGUGGUGCUGGAACAGUUGCUGGCCAUCCUGCCCCAGGACAUGCAGAGCUGGGUGCGCAGGUCCCGCGUGGCGACCUGCACUCAGGCUGUGGCCCUGGCCGAGGGGUUUCAGCUGGUACAGGUGGAGGACGAGAAGCUCCAGGUCACAGUGCAUGUGAAGGUCGAGGAGGUGUCCUCAGACAAGAUGCAGCCCACUGGGGCUCUGCUGGAGCCUGGUGAUUCCUGGGUGCAGCAGCCAAAGGCUCAUUGUGAGGACAGGCCUCUGGUGGAGGCAGGAGAGAGAGAAACCCCAGGGCCCGAGGACAAGCUGCCUCAUGUCGCCAAAGAGGAGCCUCCACUUAACCUGGAGCCAGGUCCUUACCAGCCUUUUUGAUGUGCAAGAUUAACGUGGGCUCAACACCUAAAGAGCAACAGUUACCUCCCUCCACCCCCCGCUAUUAUUAGUGUUGGCUACUGGGUUUAUGCCAGUUGAUUUUGGGGGACAACUAAAUAGAAAACAGGGACGGGAGUGAGGAUGCAGGCUCCAAACAAGUGCUGCAAGCGGGGACAGCGAGCGGAGCAGAGCGGACAGUAGCUGGUGGCUCUUGAAUGACUCCAAGGAGCCAGGGGCAGGUGCUGGGACCCUGAGCAGAGCAGAUCAGCAGCCUCCCAAGGAAGGGCCUGUCAACCUGGAGCUGCAGAGACCCUCUGCAGGGAAACGGGGACAGAGCAGCUCCCUGACACCUGGGCCAGGCCAGCUGCAGAAGGGGCGGGGCAGGGCAGGCCUGCAAAGCAGGGGGAGAGCAUGGAGCUCCGGGAGGUGUUUGAGGACGUGGCAGUGUAUUUCACAUGGGAGGAGUGGGAGCUGCUGGAAGAGGAAGACAAGGAGCUUUACCGGGACCAGAUGCUGAAGAACUACCAAGCCCUUGUUUUCCUAGGAUAUCAAGGUCCCACACCUGACUUACUCUGCCGCAUCCAGUCAGGACAGGUGCAGCUCUGGGUGUGUGACGAUGAGGACUGUGGGGAAAUCUCGAGGUCGGAGGACCUGCUGCCAGGACAUGCCUGGUUGCUGAGCAGAAGUGAGGAGCAGGCUCCUGAGGAAGGGCCUGGAAAGCUGGAGCCAGCCUGGGCUUCCCUGGGGAGUAUGGGUGAGGUGGAUUCCCUGAGCCCAGCGAAGGACCAAUGGCACAAGGAUCAGGGGAUGCCCCAGAAGCAGGAGACUGUAGCAAUGAAUGCGGUCCCAUCUCUAGUUGGGCAUUGGAGUGAAGAAGGGAAAGAAGCCAGAAAAAGCCCAAGGUGCAGGGAAGAAUAUGUCAUGCUGAGACACCUGAAGAGGCAGAAAGCAAAGGUCCACUGCAGAGAGAGACUAGAUGCAAACCAAGUCAGUAUGGGGGGCCUCAAAGGGAAGCAAGAACUCACUACUAAGCCCAGGGGGAGAGCCCACCCCUGCCCUCAGUGCAGGGAAAGUUUUAGCUGCCCCUCACUCCUGACUCUGCACAAGAUAAGGCACUCUGGGGAGAAGCCCCAUGUAUGUGCCAAGUGUGGGAACAGUUUCACCUGCCUCUCGACCCUGGCUGCUCACCGCCAGAUCCAUUCUGGACAGCUCCCCCACCGCUUCACCAAAAGGGGGAAGAGCUUUGUGCGCAGCUUGGAGCUGUUCAAAACCCAGGAUGUGCACAGGAAGAAGUGUCAGUACCGCUGUGUCACAUGUGGUAAGACCUUCACCCAUUUCUUCUCCCUGGUUCAGCACCGUCGGAUGCACUUGGGAAGGAAGGCACACCGCUGUACCAAGUGCAGGAAGAACUUCAUCAGCUGGCAAGGCCUGUUGUACCAUCAGUGUGUGCAGAGGGGGCAGCAGCCAUACUGCUGCACGAAGCGUGGGAAGAGCUUCAGGCAGCUCUCCAGCCUGACCAAGCAGAGGUGCAUGCACACAAGGGAGAAGCCAUAUCAGUGCUCUGAGUGUGGGAAGAGCUUCACCUACCACUCCCACCUGGCCAAGCACCAACAUGUCUACACAGGGGAGACGCCAUAUCAGUGCUCUGAGUGUGGGAAGAGUUUCAGCAUCCCCUUCUGCCUGGCCCGGCACCAGCGCAUCCACACAGGAGAGAAGCCACAUCAGUGCUCUGUGUGUGGGAAGAGCUUCACCCAGUCCUCCACCCUGGCCCGGCACCAGCGCAUCCACACCGGGGAGAAGCCAUAUCUGUGCUCUGACUGUGGGAAGAGCUUCACUCGGUCCUCCUACCUGGCCCAUCACCAGCGCAUCCACAAAGGGAGAAGCCACAUCGUUGCUUUUAGUGUAGGAAGAGCUUCACCUACUCCUCCAGCCUGUUUUGAACACCAGUGAGUCUACACAGGGGAGAAGCUACAUGGGUGCUCUGAGUAUUGGAAAGGCUUCACCCAUCUCUCCCAGCCAUCCUGGAAUCAGCACAUCCACACUCAGAAGCAUCCCUAAUUCUGCCAGCAGUGCAGGAAGGGCUUGGAGAUGUCUGCCUGCUCAGCACCCACCAGUGGCCGCAUUCAGACAAGCACCCUCAUGCUGGUGGACUGCAGAAAGAGUUCCCCCAGGCUUUGUCCCUUGUAGGGUACAGUGGGAGUCCAGAGCCCGGAGGCUGGCCCCCAAGGUACGAUUGUCAGCGGGGGGGUGUUAAGAGGAAACACCUCAGACAGAGGUCAGCCCCGAUGUGGGGUGAGGAGGAGAUGAUCUUUGCAUCAACCUUGGAGCCUGUGCAUUCCCCAUCAUUCUCUAAAAGUACUCCCAGGGGAAGAAGUGCCUUCAUGCUAGGGUGCCCUCCCCCAGACAGCUGACUUCAAGUGACACCCGGGGACUUUUCUUGGCUGCCUCCCAGCUUUCUCCUUCCUCCCAGUCCAGGGGUUCUGGUAUAUGAGCCCCUGAGUUGCAGGGAGGAGUGCAUUUAUGGCUGGGGAAGCAUUCCCUACCCUCCUCCCUGACCUCACCUUUCCUCACCACCACAUCUCCCCUCUCCCAGACCUGCCCAUGCCCAGUGGGCUCUGCAAGGAGUUGCUUCUGCCACUCCUGGAGCCUUUUUGGCCUGUUUUGCUUUUCAGCCUCUGCAGAGCUGUGCACCACAGGGUGUGUGCUGCUCCCCUGCCCUCCUCCCCUUCAUUGUAUUCUCUCUCAUGCAUUCCCUGCUACUAAAGCCCCAGAACUGAGCAUACCACCCCUGUGGUUGAUCUCUGUGUCCUCUCUGGAGCUGUGCAAUGGGAACAGACCCAGGCGCGCAAUCCUUUCCAGGGCAGAUCUCUCUGUGACUUCCCAGCCCCUUCCCUUUCUAAAUGAUUCACCACAAUCCAGAGAUUGUUGCUAACCCUUGGGAGCAAGAGGUGGUCUGAUCUACCCACCCUGCUGCUUCCUGACUGGCUGCUCCCACCCCUUUUGCCCUCUUCCCACAGCAGGACGCAGAGCUGGGUGAGCCAGCACCACAGCGUGAGCAAGUCUGGGCGAGCAACUGGCCAGUGGCUCAACAGGUGCCCCAAGCCAGCACCGUCUGACCUGUUCUUGCCCUCACCCACCACAACCACCCAUCUGCACCAUGGAGGUGACGGGAGGAGUGGGGGGUAGUCUGUGCAUGGUGCCAGCUCCAGUGGGGUGUCUCCCCACCCUUGGGAGAGCAGGUUUUCCACAACAGUGACAGCACCCCUGCCAGCAUGCCUGCAACAUGUAAUGCUGGGGCAGGUAUUAGAGUCAGGACCGGUGGUGUGUGCUGGGCCUGGGGUGGGGCAUUGGGCACAGCUGUCCAGCCAAGCAUGGGGGAAUCAGGCUGAGUUUGUCCCCUGUGGGGGUUGGUGGGUUGCACCACCUGGCCUUGCAGAGUCAGGCGCAGGGCUGGAGCUGGGGUCAUUACUGCCAUGCCCUGCAGGGCAAGGGGCACCGGAUGCAGGGGGGUGGGGGAGGGACUGCACUGACCUGAUGCAGAUGCUGGUGUCUGUCCCAGACCCAGGGGCUGUGGUAGCUGGCAGGGGGUGUUACACCCUCACGCCCGCUGCAGGGAGCACUGCAGAGGUGAGUGCACAUCCAGAGCCAGGUCGAGGAGGUUAUAUUGCACUUGAUGUGUAGGGGCGGGGCGGGGGGGUGGUAAUGCCCUCAAGCUUCUGCAGUGAGUGCUGCAAGGGUGAGAUCUGUGUUCACCUGGGGCAGGUGUGAAGGGAGCCGGGGUAGGUAGGGGUGAUACCUCAUUGCCCUGCAGGGGGCAUCAUCAUUGGGGGGGCACAACUCCACCUGUGGUAUGUAUGAGGCACACCUACUGGGGAGACUGGGGGGUCCACACUUACCUGGGGCAGGUGUGAUAGGGGCUGUAAUGGGACAGAGGGUGCUAUACCGCCAUUUUCCAGCAUUUUCCAGGGUGCUAUGGGGGUGUCUGCUCACCUGGGGCAGGUAUGGGGUGGGCUGUCAUGGGGUAGGGGGAUGGGUGGACCUCCAUUUCUUCCUCUCUCUCCUUCUACUUAAACUCCCCAUCCUGUGCCCAAAAAAGCCCAAGCCCAACCAGUGACCACCCUCCCUGCAGCCCUGGGGGAUGUCCAGGCUGGCCUGGCUCCAUCCCAGGGAUGCCUCCUGAGCACCAGGAUGUGUCUGAGCCCCCUGGUCAGACCAGUACAAACUGGGGAGCUUUGCCUGCCUUUAUAGUGUGAUCCCGGCCUCUGCCUGGGAUCCCUGGAGUGUAGAUUAACAACCUGUCACAGCAUCCAGAGGAUGAGCACCAUGGCCCCCUGCUUUUCCUGGGGCAGGAUCAGGUGCGAUGUCUGCUGCUGUGUCAGGCUUGUGGCAGUUUGGCUUAGAAGUUCAAUGAUGGGUUUGUCUGGGCUGGUUUGGACAGGGCUAAUGCUGACUCAGGCAGCAACUGGAGUGGAGGUGACCUCUGCAGGCCCCCUCAGCCCCUCUGUUCUAGGAUUUCCAUGAUGAGAACGUCUCCUAGAGCUGUGGCUCCCAACCAUUUUAGACUGCGGACUGGCAAACUGCGGACCGAAAGCAGAACCUUUCAUAGAAGUAAUUGCAUAGACAUUAGGGCUGGAAGGGACCUCGUAAGACACUGGGUUCAGCCCCCUGCCCCGGGGCAAGAAGUCAGCUAGGGUCAAAGGAUCCCAGCAAGAGAAAUGUUUCUUGAAAGUGUCCAGAGUAGAUGAUUGCACCAUGUCUGGGGGAGCCUAUUCCAGGCCUUGGGGGCUCGGACAGUGAAGAAGUUUUUCCUUAUGCCACCCUAAAACAGUCUUGCAGGAGUUUGUGACUGUUGGACCUUGUCAUCCCCUGGGGUGGUGGCAGUGAGCGGGGAGCUCCCGCAGGCAGCCACAGUGGUGUUGGCAGUGUGGGGCGAGAGGGAAUGAACAUUGGUGGUCAGCAGUGGUGGUGGCCAGUGGUGAUCAGGGACUGCCUGCAGAUGCUGCUGGAGGUGAUGGUGGCGAUGGAGGGGGUGGCAAGCAGCAACAGCCUGCACGCACUGCCAGCAGCAUCAGCAGUGCUUUUCACAGAGGGUGUACCGCCAAUCUCAGUCCCAUAGCUCGGACCCUCUCUUCAUAAGGCCUGUUCUCUGCCCUCAGAUCAUGCACGUGGCUCUCUUCUUUCCAAAUUUCUCCAUGUCCUUCCUAAAUUGUGGACCCCAGAAUUGGAUGCACUACUCCAGCUGCAGCCUCACCAAGGCCAAGUACAGCAGGAGGAUGACUUCUUGGGUCUUGCUUGAGAUGCAUCAGUAGAUGGAAGCCAGAGUUUUAUUUGCUUUGCCGGCUGUGGUAUCGCAUUGGCGGCUUAUAUUCAUCUUGCGGUCAGUCAUAAUCCCCAAGUCUCUUUUGGUCAUGGUGCUAGUGCGUGUAGCAUUGCUGAGCCUGUAAGUGUGAUGCAAGUUUUUAUUCCGGAGGUGGAACACCUUGCAUUUGCCCAUUUUGAAUGCCAGCAGGUUUUCCUCUGCCCACCUUGCAAGACUGUCAAGAUCAGCCUGGAUCACCAGCCUAUCCUCAAGUGCAGACACUCUUCCCCAAAGUUUGGUGUUGUCAGCGAACUCGGCCAGUCUUUUGACACCAGUGUCCAGAUCGUCUAAGAAGACAUUAAACAGUACAGGUCCGAGAACGGCACCUUGGGGGACACCAACCUGAGCAGACCUGGUCUCGUUAGCCUCUGUUCAUAGGGAAGGCCCUCUGUACCGUUGUUCUCUGGACCUGCUCAAGUCCCCCUAGAUCCUGCCAGACAUGCAGGGACCAGACCUGGGCACAGGAUUCGAGGUGUGGGUGCACCAUAGAUUCAUAAAGGGGUAUCAUGAUGCUUUCAAUCUUGUUCACAAUUCUCUUCCUCAUCAGCCCUCACAUUUUCCAUUGUUUUCUUCAUGGUUGCUAGGCAUGGAGCUGAUGCUCUUAUUGAACUCUCCACAAUCACUUCCAGGUCUCCUUCCUGUGUCUGGUUCGGGACCCCACACUUCCAGGAGGAGGUGGGCAGGUUGGACAGAGGCCAGCAAAGAGGGACCCAAAGGAUGAGGGGCCUGGGAGGCAGGGGGAGAGGCUGGAAGAGCUCAGGUGAUUGAGUCUGGAGAAGAGAAGACUGAGUGGGGUUUGACCCCAGUCUUGGGGCAACAACAGCGCAGAUGGAGACGGGCAUUUCUCCGUGAAUGUCAGGGACAGGACUAGGAGCAGUGGUCUCCUGCUGCAGCAGGGGAAACUGAGGCUAAAGAGGAGGAGGAAUGGGCUGGUAGUGCCCUGCUGGAGCUGCAGGGGGGUGGGAAUGAACUCGGGAGCUGCCAGGUAGAAACCAUGCCCCACUACAGGGGACAACUGGCCCUGCUCCCCCUCUCUGCCCCUGCUCACCACGUCCAGCACUCCGGGAAGGGUGUGCACACGCUCACCUCAUGAUGCCAUACAGUGUGCACCCCACCCCCUAUGCAGGAGGGUGGGCAUAUAAACACACGCACACCCUGUGCAGAAAGGGAUGCAUGUGUGCAUGCAUACACCCCAUGCAGGAAGGCACACGUGCACACACCUGUGCAGCAGGAUGGGCACACACACCCCAUGCAGGAGGGCAAGCACACCCACAUGCACACCCACAUGCAGGUUGGGCAGGUGCACACUCACCCCCUCUCCCACAACUUGUCCCUGGGUGGGUGCAACUGGACAGUGGGGCUGAGGGAGG